AUGAACUUACUCGACGGUCCCGCCAUGCUUGCUGUUGUCUUUGCUGUCGCUUCUCUCUCGUUCGUCCUCGCCUCCGCCUUCGCCUUUUUUUCCUUUGACGUUGAAGAACGAGGAUUAUACGGAAAGGAGUGGAAGAGGAUGUCGCUUUACUUUGAGGCUGCGGCUGUUCUCAGUGGGCCGUCGCACGCCGGCUCGCUCAAGUCGAGAGUCUACACAGGAAAGUGGAAGUCUCCUCCAGCCCAGAUUUACGCUCUGAUAGUCGAGGUCGCAAAGUACAACGAGUGCAUCAAGGAGGUCAUAGACAACGCCGGCAUCCUGGCGCAUGAAUCAAAGGUCAGUCAGGCUUACUCCUUUGCAUUCACAGUAUCAAUUGGGUUUGCUGCUAACGAGAACAAGUUGCGAGUUCGCCGAGGAUGCGCCUCAAAGGAGGAAUUGAAGCAUAAGCUGGUGCAGGACCAGCAGGUGAUGAAGGCAUUCUCGCCUAGAUGGAUACGAAUAAAUAACGUGUUGACGACAUUGGAUCAUGAGAUGAAAAGUACUUUCGCUGGCUAUGAGUCUGCGAGUUCCUUAUCCGAGCUUGCAGAAGCCACAGCAGAUGAGAAGAAGUACUGCUUGGACGAACACAUACCAGACCUUAUGGCCAUCAGUCGUGACAUCGACAUCACUUCUUCAUCUGCAUAUAAAGAAGGAAGACUUAUAUUACAGGACAAAGCUUCUUGUUUCCCCGCCUACUUGCUACUAGGGGACCAUCCAGGGCAGUGGAAGGGAGACCUUAUUGAUGGCUGUGCCGCUCCGGGAAACAAGACAACGCAUCUCGCUUCGUUGCUCUCUUCUACUCCAGAGAAGCAAAAGAAUAGGGUAUUUUCUCUAGAUGCAUCCCACUCGCGAUCCAAGAUCCUGCAGACAAUGGUGAAAAAGGCCGGCGCGAGUAACAUAGUGACAGUUUUACCUGGGCAGGACUUUUUAGCCCUUGACCCGGCUGACACGCGAUUCCAGCAUGUCACUGCUCUGCUGCUUGAUCCCAGCUGUUCAGGUAGUGGGAUUACGAAGCGUGAAGACGUCCCGCAACUCGACCUGCCCAAGUCAAAGUCUGAACUUACGCUUGCUACUACGACCAGCAGCAAGGGGUCGAAGAAUCGGAAAAGAAAACGAGAGAACCCAGCGGAUUCAUCAUCCCCAGGUAGCUCACCUACAACAGAAGCAAAAGAAGAUGAGAGUGAACGGCUAGCUAAGCUUGCUAAUCUGCAAAGCCAAAUCGUGGAGCAUGCAUUUGGCUUCCCAGCGGCUACCCGCGUUACUUACAGCACCUGCUCCAUACACCACGAGGAGAACGAGGAUGUUGUCGCUCGUGUGCUAGCCUCAUCUAUUGCAAAAAAUCGUGGCUGGAGACUUGAGUUACGGUCAGAGCAGGCAAGGGGCCUUCGGAACUGGCAUCACCGCGGAGUAUUAUCCGGCGGUAGCUCAGAAAGCCCACCCCAGCUGUCUCCCGAACAGUUAGAGGCUUGCAUUCGAUGUUGGCCUGCCGGGGAUGAAGGCACUGGGGGUUUUUUUGUAGCGAUCUUUGUGCGGGAAGAAAUUGAGGGCAAAGUAGGAGGUGAUGAAGACAACGACGAAGAAUAUGAUGAUGUCUGGGAGGGCUUCAGUUCUAGUUAA